ACUGGCAGGGGAUGGAGGAGGUGGGGCGGAGUUCGGAGCGGGCAGGGGAUGGAGGAGGUGGGGCGGAGUUCGGAGCGGGCAGGGGAUGGAGGCCGUGGCGCCGAGUUCGGAGCGGGCCGGGGCCGCCAUGCGGAGCCGCGCCGAGGUGGACGCCACGCUGCAGACGGCCAAGCUGAACCCGGCGGAGCUGCUGCCGGCCGUGCACUGCCUCAGCUUCGGCCCGCAGGCAGGCGGCGGCGAGUGCUGCCUGCUGCAGCUGGAGCCGGGGCUCUGCGCCGAGCUGGAGGCGGGCCGCAGCCUAGUAAUCCGUGGUGAAAAGGAUGAACACGCAGUGUUGUGCAGCAAAGAUAAAACUUACGACAUGAAAAUAGCAGAUACCUCAAAUAUGCUGCUGUUUGUUCCUGAUUGCAAAACUCCAGAGGAGCUGAAUUCAGAUCCAGCAUCUUGUAAUAUUAUUCAUUCACAGAUUGCUGGUUUCUCCAAGAACUAUUGGGAAUUAAGGAGAUGUCGACCAAAACUGAAGAAACUGAGGAAGCUGUUAAUGGAAGAUCCAUAUGAAGGGCCUGACAGUCAGAAAGAUCAGACCUCAACACUGUCAAAGUAUACAACAGAAGAUUUGUUAAGUCUGAUUCAAGCAAGUGAAGAAGAAAUACUCCACCAAUUGCAGGUUAUAGAUGCCUGCAAAAUUGAAGGUUAUUGGAGAAUUCUAGACUUUGACUAUGAGAUGAAACUCUUGAAUCAUGUGACUCAACUAAUAGACUCAGAGUCCUGGCCUUUGAGUAAGGUUCCUCUGUGUCCCUGCCUUGAAGAACUUGAAUCUCUAGAACCCAGAGAGAUGAUAGAACACAUUCUUUUAAGCUAUGGCAGGAAAUAUGUUGAUGAUGGGGAGGUUUUCUUUGAAAUGCGUGAAGAUAAAAUAUGCAGAGCUAUAGCACAAAUGCUUUUGCAAAAUGCAGUUAAAUUCAAUCUAUCAGAGUUUGAAGAAGUCUGGCAACAGAGUGUCCCUGAGGGGAUGACAACAAGGCUUGAUCAGCUUCAGGGAUUGGCUCUUGUGGAUAAAAGUUCAAGACCAGAGACCAUUUUCCUGCUAAAAGUAGAAGACUUACCUGAAGACAAUCAGGAAAGAUUCAACAGCUUAUUUGGCAUACGGGAAAAGUGGACGGAAGUGGAUAUUACCCCUUACAUACAAGAUUUGUGUGCAGAGAAGCAGACCGUUGGUGCUCUUCUGACAAAAUAUGCUCGCUCCUCAAUGCUGAAUGGUGUUAAAGUUUUUAAUUCUAGAAGACCCAUCUCAUAACAAGUAUUGUUUGAAGAACUGAGGACACUGCAUGUAGUAACAGUGAAUGUUACUUGGUGCUGCCUUGUGGGGAAAAGAGUUGCCAACCAUCAUUAUGCAGUGGAGUUUAACCAACUAGGCUACCCGAACAAGCUGUGUUUUCUGCUCAGCUAAAGACACUGUGAGGACACUUGUGGCCUCUAAGGAAUGAUAUUCACCUCACCUUCCUUUGCCAGCCUUCUUUGCCAACCUUCCUUGGCCCAACUUCUUUUUCCUUUGUGCCUGGUUAAGCCAGGAGCCAAGCUGCUUCUUGGAUAUGCUUAAUCUGUUUAUCUGUAAGUCUGAAAUGAAAAUUUAAAACCUCCUGAUAAUAAUUCAAUCAAUUAAAUUGAUUUGAAUAGCAAAAUGGAGAUUUUAGUCUUCUGCCCGUUAGUGGCCCAUUCUUAACUGUUAAAGUUUCAAUGCAGUGUUCCCAGUUCGAAUAGCACAGAGCUCAUCAGGCUCAUGAAUAAAUCAUUCCCCACUGAGAUUAUACCAGUUUUGAAAGGUGGUUCUUUUUAAGGUCAUGUCUAUGAACACCAUCAACACAUGCACCUGACACUUUAAUACUUGGCAGAAUGGCCUUAUAUAUAUUACAAAAAAAAAAAAACUAAUCACAGUGAAGUGUGAAUAUAAGAGACUAGUUGGAUGUUGUUUUAUAAAUUUCCUAUAAACUGUCAUUAAAAUGUAGCUGAGGUAAAACUAAUGCUUUACAGAAGACUACUUGAGCUUUGUCAAAAAGAACCGACAAAACUUCAGAGUACAAUUAUUUUUUUAGAACUUUGUUAUGGCAAAUAACUGCACAUAGGAAUUGUGCCUUGAAACCUUACAGUAUAAUACUCUGUGUAGAGCAAUGAAACAGGAUGUUUUUACGAUACUGCCAUGAAGUGAUGUGCCUGAGAUAGUAAUUUUGUAAUCAUUAAAAAGGAUUGUUCGCAUGUCAGUAAAACAGGAUUUAAUAUUAGUUUUCCGAUUUUAAACUUAACACUUGUAUGUUUUUUGAUACAAAAAGCAUUUUUUCCAUCAGACUUGAAAUACCUUGGAACUACCUGCAUUCCAGCUGUAGAGUGAGUGAGGAGAAUUGAGGACAGAAACCCCUUCUAAAUCAAAUGUAACUCUUAAGAUGCAAGGUGUGUGUACUUGGAAUUUGGUACAGAUUAAAAAGCUGAAUAAAAGCCACUUCCUGCGCUCUGUUUAUGGCUGCAAGGUCAAUGCCCUGUGCUCCAUAUUGCUGGGGCAGGGGUGUGUGGUGUUUGACCAGCUGGGUGGAGAUGUGGAAUGGCUCUCUGCUGGGAAGAACUGCCCUGUUUGCUGUCUGGUUCCCACAGCUGCACUCCCCCAAUAGCAGCAGAAGGUUCACUCCCAGAGAUUAACAGGAAGGGAAAAGCCUUGGAAAUUCCUCCAGUUGCAUCACAGAAGGUUUCUUAGUCAAA